GCACCUUCGAGUUGUAUUUCAUUCGUGGAGUAGUGUUCAUACGCCGGUGGCAGAAACCUUUUAAAUAUAAAUUAUUUUUAAUUAAAAUAGUUGUUAGUGGAAGAAGUUGAAUUUUAAUAACAAUGCCGCCAUCAAAGGAGCGUUUGGCUCGGAUUAAGCUGGCUAAACAGGAAUUCCUCAUUAAAAAAGGAAUAGUUCAAAGGAAAACACCAACGGAAAUUCGCUCGCGGCGGCAAUCUGUUCGUGCAAAAACCGCCAAUAGCACCAAACAGGUCGACGACGUGGGCCGCGAGGCCGACGAAAACGAUAACAGUGCGAUUCCACAGCUAUCUACGGACGGUCACACAGUGCCAAAGGGAAUUUGUUCGCGGCGGCAAUCCGUCCGCGGAAAAACCUGUGACGUCGGUCGCGAGGGCGACAAAAGUGCGCCAACUCUGUUAUCUACGGCCGGUCACACGGUGCCGAGCAUUCCAACGGAAAUUCGCUCGCGGCGGCAAUCCGUUCGAGGAACAACUGUCGACGUAGGCCGCGAGGACGACGAAAACGGCAAAAGCGCGAAAACUCUGCUAUCUACGGACGGUCACAUGGUGCCCAGCAUUCCAACGGGAAUUCGCUCGCGGCGGCAAUCUGUCCGUGCAAAGACUGCCAAUAGCACCAAACAGGUCGACGACGUAGGCCGCGAGGCCGACGAAAACGAUAGCAGUGCGACUCCACAGCCAUCCACGGACGGUCGCACAGUGCCAAACAAUCCAAAGGGAAUUUGUUCGCGGCGGAAAUCCGUCCGCGGAAAACCCUGUGACGACGGCCGCGAGGGCGACAAAAACGACAAAAGUGCGACAACUCUGUUAUCUACGGCCGGUCACACGGUGCCGAGCAUUCCAACGGAAAUUCGCUCGCGGCGGCAAUCCGUUCGAGGAACAACUGUCGACGUAGGCCGCGAGGACGACGAAAACGGCAAAAGCGCGAAAACUCUGGUAUCUACGGACGGUCACAUGGUGCCCAGCAUUCCAACGGGAAUUCGCUCGCGGCGGCAAUCUGUCCGUGCAAAGACCGCCAAUAGCACCAAACAGGUCGACGACGUAGGCCGCGAGGCCGAUGAAAACGAUAACAGUGCGACUCCACAGCCAUCCACGGACGGUCGCACAGUGCCAAACAAUCCAAAGGGAAUUUGUUCGCGGCGGAAAUCCGUCCGCGGAAAACCCUGUGACGACGGCCGCGAGGGCGACAAAAACGACAAAGUGCGACAACUCUGUUAUCUAUGGCCGGUCACACGGUGCCGAGCAUUCCAACGGAAAUUCGCUCGCGGCGGCAAUCCGUUCAAGGAACAACUGUCGACGUAGGCCGCGAGGACGACG